AUGUCUUACAUCGCGCAAAUCUUCGACCCACUUGGUCUCGUGGGUCCUACAAUUGUGGUAGCCAAACUCUCCAUGCAGCGUUUAUGGGCACUUAAGCAGAAUGGAGAGGCCUGCGAGUGGGAUACAGCACUCCCAACCAAGAUACAGGAGCAGUGGAAGGCGUUUCACAGCACUCUACAAUUACCGAGCGAAGUUCGUGUCCCACGAUGUGUUUCGCUUCCAAACGCCAUCAAUCUCCAACUCCACUUCUUCGUCGACGCCUCUCAAGGAGCUUACGGAUCCUGUUGCUACGUACGAGCAGAAACCAGUGGCGGAGUAUAUGUUCAGCUACUGACGGCAAAAUCAAAGGUCGCGCCGUUAAGCAGUCGACAUUCCAUUGCCCGGCUGGAACUCCGUGCUGCACGACUAUCAACGCAGCUGUACGAGAAGGUGAUCUUCGCCUUAAAGAUUUCACCACCUGCUUAUUUCUGUACGGACUCCAAUUCCGUUCUUCAUUGGCUACGAUCUCCACCAAGCCGUUGGAAGGCUUUCGUAGCGAACCGAGUGUCACAAAUCCAGCACUCGACCGAACCCAGCUGA